AUGGAAGUUAAAAGGACUCGUUUUAAUGAAGGUCGCUUUACGGGAGCAUGUCACCGUUGCGGUGUGCCAGGACAUAGAGCUAUUGACUGCCGUAAAAAGCGCGAAGACCCUAGUUCCGUAGAAAAGACACCGAGCCAAUCGUUUAGAAUACCUGAUAAGACGCGAGUGAUUACGUGCUAUGUAUGUGGACAGUCGGGGCACCUCGCGUCAACAUGCCCAGAAAGAAAAGGAGGGAGCAGCGCACAGAUAGUCAAGGAGGUCAACAUCUGCGAGCGCAAAUCAUCGAUGAGCACGUUAACUACAUCAUCUGGUGAGCCCGUUUCAUUUCUUUUUGAUAGUGGAUCUGCUUGUUCGUUAGUCACAUGUAGCUUUUCUAAAAAGUUUUCGGGUACGAUUGAAAAUAAUUUGGUAUAUUUAACAGGAAUAGGUAGAGAAAAUGUAAAAUGUAAUUCACAAGUUCUUAGUUCCAUCAAUGUACAAGCCCCACUUCCUGACGCCCACCAAUGUAUUAGAAACCCACACUCGCGCGAGCAGAAAAGGAUUAGAGAAAAGAUGCUUGAAAUAGUUCUAAGACUCCUCAUUCGUCGCGUAGAUCGCAAGCGGCGCGCGCGUACCCAACACGAAUAUAGUCACGCUCCAGCGCCGGGGCAACGACCUCGCGGCCAUUUUUUUCCAACGAACGUCCUUGCCAAACAUGACGAACAGCUGAUGCACGAUUUAAUCUGUGUAAUUUUGAGUGCCUUUAUCACUUUG